AUGGGCACAGUUUGCAAUGACACCCAUGGCGAUUUCAUCCUCCGUGGCUUCUCUGACAAGCCGUAUUUAGAGAAGAUACUUUUUGGGGUAAUUUUGGUCUUUUAUUGUUUUACUCUUGCUGGAAAUACAAUCGUAAUUUUCGUUUCCUCGAAGGACCCCAAACUGCAGAUCCCGAUGUAUUUCUUCCUUUCCAAUCUUUCCUUACUAGAUAUUUGUUUCACCAGCAGCUGCGUUCCUCAGAUGUUGGUGAAUCUGAGAAGCCCAAAGAAAACCAUCACCUAUAGUGGCUGUGCCACUCAGCUCUACAUCUUCCUGUGGCUUGGUGCCACUGAAUGUGUCCUUCUGGUGGUUAUGGCUGUGGACCGCUAUGUGGCAGUGUGCCAUCCUCUGAGAUACUUAACUGUAAUGCGCCCUAAAGUCUGUCUGCAGCUGGCUGUCCUUGCUUGGGGUUCUGGCUUGAUGCAGUCUCUGAUCCAAUCUACUGCUACUCUCAGGCUGCCCUUUUGCUCUCAGCCGGUAGUGGAUGACUUUGUGUGUGAAGUUCCAGCCCUGAUUCAGCUCUCCAGUGCAGAUACUACCUACAACGAAGUCCAGAUGUCCGUAGCGAGUGUUAUCCUGCUAGUGUUACCUUUGGCCAUCAUCCUUUCCUCCUAUGGUGCUAUCGUGAAAUCUGUGCUGAAGAUAAAGUCGCCCGCAGGGCAGAAAAAAGCAUUUGGCACCUGCACUUCUCACCUUCUUGUUGUUUCCCUGUUCUAUGGUUCUGUCACAGGUGUCUAUCUUCAACCUAAGACUCACUAUGCUAAUGAAUCGGGCAAGUUUCUCACCCUUUUCUACACUGUAAUAACUCCAACUCUAAACCCUCUCAUUUAUACACUGAAGAACAAGGAGGUCAAAGGAGCAGUGAUAAGACUGUGGUGGAAAACCUGGGUUUCACAAAGAUAA